AUGCAAAUCGCCGCUUUUCUAUCCGACCUCAAGUCGUUGAGCAUAUGUUCACAUGAAGCUGCCGUUUCCCUGGUAAAGCCAGCCAGGUCUACAUCCGUGGACAGCAAGGAGACUGCCAGUGACAACCAUGAAGCUUCCCGGCCAGGUGCCAGUGCUGAGCCCGAACAGAGUCUUGACCCCGACCUUCAGUACGCCAAUGAGCUUGUGUCUUUACACUACGACGUAAAGGUCAACUACCUGCAAAGGGGUGCCGACCCGGACUUGAUCCAGGCAGAAAAGAACGUUGAACAAGUGCUAUCGGCCUUGAACCGGUCAGAGUGA